AAGUCAAGCGAAAGUGUUCACAAAAAGACCGCACGCUUUUACCAGAAAAACUAUCUGGACCAGAGGCAAAAUAAUAAAGAACGAUGUCCCGGUGAGAACCGUACAGGAUAAAGCAACCAAAAGAGUCUCCACCGGACAAGCCCAACACUUAUUGCGAUCAACAGGACGCUCGCGUCAGACCCAACAGACGGACAGCAGCGAGGUUUGCUUGAGCUCACAUCCCAAACAGAAUACGCACAUGUGGGACAGACAGGCAUCUAUUUGAAGUUCUUGACAAGGUGGUGUGAUGGCUGCCCAGGUGGAGGUUGAUGCUGGGCGGUCAAGCGUGGUUGGGGGUAGGCUUCACCUCAGCCCUCUCAUUGACUCUAGCAACAAGAGCUUGUUGGAGGGAUCCGGUGGACCCCAGGGGCCCCUCAUCAUUUCCUCAGAAUCUAGCAAGCCUGUCCCUGGUCCCAAGCCCAGAUUAACCCCAAAACCUUUUGCUGUGGAGAAAAUUCCUACUAUACGACCCAUUCUAGCUCCUAAACCACAGCCAAAACCUAGAUCUGAAUCCACUCGGCCAUCCUCCUACAAGCCAGACCCACCCAGUACAUCUAAACCGCAGCCGCCAGGUAAACCAUUCACAAAUAAAAAUCGGCCUGCAUCCACUGCCUUUAAAACGAGCCCUAAGCCCAGUACAGGGCAAACAAACAAACCAGUGGCACAGUCCAUCAAACCAGCAUCUAUCAUUGCCUCCAAAGCUUCCAACAAAUCUACAACAUCCCAAACUAAGGAUGUACCACGAAGAACAAGUUUUGGAGUCACCCCAGGUAGACCCAGGAUUGAUGUUCAUGCCUCCACUCCAGGUGUGGAAUGGCCUUUUGCUUCACGGAAUAAACAACUUGGAACUUCAAUCACUCGUGCUAAAUCAACAGGCUUCCUAGCAGAGGUUGGACUGAAUUAUGAGGAUAGUAAAGCGUAUACUGGUGCCAAGGACGACUCUUCUCCUACUGUUUUUCUACCUCAAUCUAAAGGUUUAAAACCCAGACCAGUGUCAGCUGUGUUUCUCCCAAAUCCCUCUCAGUCUGCGCCUCAGGUGGAAACCCCUUCACCUGCCCCUCGUUGGGCAGAAAGGCGACCACUUUGCUCUGACCUUACCUCAAAGUUUGAGUCAAUUGGGCUGUUCUUACACCGGCGACCUGCUAAAGAGGACAGCAAAGAGAACACUCCAGAAACACCAAAGGGUUUUGGUGCUGUGACUCAAAGGGAAAAAGAAAAUUGUGCUGAAAAGAUAGAAGGGCUGAAUAAGCCCCCUGAGCCUGAGAAAAUUAGACAAAAGAUUGAGUCAAAAAAUGAGGACUCUAAACAUGAGGAUAAAGGAGGAGGCAGUAUAAAGAGGUGCUUCAGCCUGCUCUUGGACUCCUCUUCCUCCCCCUUGUCAGUGGCACAUGUGGAUACUGAAGUGACUGAGCCUCGUUCACCGUUGCUGACUGAAGAAAUGCCUACUACACCAUCACCGCCCCAGAAGCCACAAUAUAAGCCACACAACCUAGUACCUUACCGUACUAAAAGAUUCGAAGCAGAGCAUGACAGCCUUAUUUCCAGUGAGUCCAAAGGUUCCGAGGAGGUUGAGGAAGAUCUCAGCAAAAAGUUCGAAGGACAGGUCAACAAACAGGAGGACUGGAAGACAUCAUCCGUGGUUGUUAACAACUUGCCCACCCACUCCACUUUUGAUGGAGUGCAAACGGUACGAGCUGCUAUGUUUGAACAUGUGGUGGAGAGGCAUAGUGUUCAAGUGAUGGAGGAUAGUGCCUCUCAAGGCCAAGGAACACAGCAGGAAUGUACAGUUAAGCCCAGACGGAACCACUCUUUGGAUAUUCAGGACAACUCAUUUAAACCUCUUGAAGAUUUGGAUUCUGGUAGUUUGGUCAAAGCAACCUAUAGAGGGCAAUUUUCUCCUUCCAGUCCUGUACGUGUGGAGCAUGUCUUUGACACUGUGGCUUUGUUUGGAGAAAGCCGUGCUGUUAGUGAAGUUUUACCAACUGCACAGCUUGAGGACCGAGCUCUCACUCUUCGUUCACAGCGGUCAGCUCCUCAAGGGGAAGUGAAUAGAUCUCCUCCAGAAAUUAGUAAAUUGAUAAAGGAUGAAGAGAGUACAUCUGCUGCCUCUCCGAUGGAGCCACACAUUCCUUGUUACCUCAGAGUGGGGGCUUUACAGAAAUGGACUGUCACAGAGGUUGACCAAGAGAAGGAAGCUGAGAGGGAGCAACUGAGUGAAAUGGUGCGAAAGACGGAAGAAGAGAUACAAAAGCAGAUGGAAUUGCACAUGUCUGCAGCAGCAGCAUUAGAGCAAGAGGAAGAAGAGAGCGAAGCAGAAUUGAAGAAACAGAUAGAAGCACAAAGAGUGAGGGAGAGGGAACUAGAGGACAUUGCAGCACCCAAGCGGCCUAAGAUGCUAGACUCCGAAGAGCAAAUGAACAAACCUAGAGCCACAUACUUUGCUCUGACUGGUCAGAUUCUAGAGCCUGUGCACCAAAGUGAGAGAUUGGAUGCGGAUGUGAUUUUUGGGCAAGGUGAACAAGGAAUCAUGGGUGGAGAGGACAGAAGAAUAAAGGAGUUGCCAUUUGAUGAAUUCUCUGUUAGAACAGGGCAGUUGAGUCCUCAAGAUCCAAUAGCUCCAUUCAAAAGAAAUCCUUCAUUAGAUGCUGCCAUGCAGGGAGAUUUGCAAGAAGAACAACAUAUAAAUGACACUGGACAGAGGAUAGAUCACAGAUUGCAAGAAAGGGAACAACAGAAAGCAAUCAGGGAGGAGAUGGAAAUGGAGAGACAAAGACUAGAGGAUGAAAAGAUUAAAGAAUUGGAAAGGCAGCAUGAAAUAAAGAAACAGCAAAACUUAGAGAUCAAGAAACAAAAGGAAAUUGAGAGAGAGAAGAGAAAAGAAAUGGAGAUACUGAAAAAGAGACAGAAGCAGUUGGAAAGACAAGGAGACCAAGAGAGAGAGAGACAGAGAGAGCUGGAGAGACAAAGAGAAAUUGAAAGACAGAAGCAAAGAGAAAAGGAACAACAGAAACAAAUUGAAUUUGAGAGAAUUAAUGCUGCUGAAAAAGAGCUUAAGCAGCAGAUAGCGUUUGAGAGGCAACAACAAAAAGAGUUUGAGCGAGAGAAAGAGAGAAUGCUUGACCAGGAGAGGCUUAGGCUUAGGGAAUUUGAAAAACAGAAAGAGAUGGAGAAAGAAAGAGAGAGACAGCUGGAGUUGGAGAGACAGAGAGAAGUUGAGAGACAAAAUCAGAGAGAACUGGAAAGACAAAGAGAAAAGGAGUUAGAAAGACAGAGGAAAUUGGAGAGGCAACAAGAGCUGGCGAAACAGAAAGAGCUGGAGAAGGAAAGACAUAGACUGUUGGAAAGGCAGAGAGAACUGGACAGGCAAAGGGAGCUUGAGAUGCAGCGAGAUCUGGAGAGACAACAGGAGAUUGAAAGACAGAGGGAGUUGGAUAAGCAAAAAGAACUUGAAAGACAGAAACAAAGAGAGCUGGAGAUUGAAAGAUGGAAUCAUCAGAAAGCAGAGAAGAGGGAGAACAGGAGAGAGCAGGAGGAACUUGAGAGUAUAAAGGAGCUUGAGAGACGUCAACUUCUUGAUUUUGAGCUGCACAGACAGCGAGAAAGACAACUCCAGCAAGAGCAAGUGAAACAGAGAGGAAAGGAUAAAAAGGAACAGGAGGAGGAGAGACAUCAGCAGCCUGAACAACAAAGAGGAGCAGAACAACAGCAAAUGGAGGCAGAGCAAGAGAAGAGAACACCUACGUCUCCUCUUCGGCCCAAAGUUUUAGAUCUGGACUCUGUUUCUCUGGGUGUUUGGACUGGUCGAGACAGCCAGAAGAAUAGUCCCACAGCCCGAUGGAAACAGCCCUCACUUCGUAUUGAUGAGCCUUACAAACCAGCCAUCUUAGACAUUGACUCGUUCAUGAGUCAGACACAGCCCGAUACCUUCCCUGUAACAGGCUUUGGAGGUUUAGAGUCAGGAGGUGUUGGCUUGAUGCAAGUUUGUCCACAUGCCAUACAGCAGAAUCUUCUCCAGCCCCAUCCAGCGCCUCAAGCUCAGUCUCCUCCUCAGUACCAAUUCCACCUUCAGUCCCAGACUUUUUUCCAGCCCUCUCCAGGAGAACGAGUGAGAACUGAACUCCCGCCACCUCUGCAACCUCAAACUCUGCACCAAGCCCAGCAUCACUCACUGCCUCUUGCUACAAGAAGAUCUAAACCACAAACUCACUCAUUGAUUGAGAGUUCCGAUUUGGCCUUUGGGACUCGGCAGCCCAGCUCAGCUUCGCCUCAUACUCAAACUGAUGUUUGGAGACAGACUCAAGUAGAGUUGUCUGUAGAUGAGCCUCUUUGGGUGUCAGCCAUGGAGGCAUCCAGAAGGCCCAUUAACACCAGACCCUCCAACUUUGACCAACAGCUCUUGCAGCAAGAACAAAGAGGAACCAUUUUGACUCCAACCUCUACCUCAUCUCUCAUCUUUACUCCUGUGCAGCAUCCCUCUCUUGCGCCGCCUAUGGUUCCCAUUAAAAAUCCAAUGCUGGUUGUACCACCAAGUCUUGGACCUUCUGUAGCCCCUAUCCUGACCCCAGAAAGAUACUGGACCUCAUCACCUUUCAGUGGAGAGUCCAGUGGGGGGUUGUUCACUUCUCCUGGAAAACCAUUAGCUAAGAAAGAGUCUUCAGUACCCAGUUGUCAAGUAGCUACCUCCUCUGUCACUGAUCCUAUAUGUAGCCCAAACUGGGAGCUGGCAUCCCAGGGACAGAGAGAGAACCGUGCACCACACAGGGACAAAGGACAACAGACACUGCGUUCAAGGAGUAUGUGUCGAAGGUCUGCCCCCACAGAAAGUUCUGCUGAUGCCCCACUUGUCCACGUGAGAACCCGCAGAAGUCGCAGUGCACACAGAGAUAGAGGUGGAGAGAGCUUGGAGCUGGUAAAGAAGUGUGCUAGUGGACAUGAGGAGAAUAAAGACACAGACAAUUUGGUGCAAGAGACAGAUAGCCAGUAUGGCACAUGGGAGACAGGACUUCGCACAGAUGACAGCCUCACUCCAGCCACACCUCCAUCAGAGGGCAACCUCACCCCAUCUCCACGGAAACCCACUCCACUUCACACAUCAAAACAACCCCUUCUGAUUGACGCACCCGAUGGCUCGACAGCCUGUCCUCACGAGCAGAUGGACCUAGCCCCUUUCCCAGAGAUGCCCACUACACUAUUAGACUCUAGUGCACUACGGUACCGGGUUCAGUUAAGCAAGAAGUCCCGCAGAGCCCAGCCCUCUCGAGCCGCCCGUCACAGUGCCCUCUUAUCACAAGUACCUGAGGAAAGUGGAGUAGGAACUGAUAAGUGGCACUACAGGGACUCAACAGUGGAGAAGGCUGAUUCUUUUAAGCAAGAGGAGGAAUCGGACUCUGAGGAGCAGGCCAAGGGAAUCGAGGACCGUACCUCCUCUAUAUCCUCUCAGCCUCAGAGAGUGGCUCUCUUUCCUGGCAUGGACCCUUCUGUCUUGAAGGCCCAGCUAAGGAAAAGAGGAGAGUCAGACAAUCAGACAGACAGCCCCUCACCCUCUCAGUCCUCACUUGCACCCAAAUCUCCAUUCUUGCCUCGAGCUGCUCGUGUGCUGCCCCCUGCUGGUGGCAAGGAGAAUCAAGAAGAGUCCUCACCUCAGUGGCUGCAAGAACUAAAGACUAAGAAACGUUUUAGUCAGUAUGAAACUGAUAGUAAAGCCUGAGCAAGCAGGAUGCCUUAUAACUGCAGUAUCUGUAGCACGUGACAGAAGCCUUAACCUUUGACCUGGAGUUGACGGGAAUCUGCUGCUGAUGACUGAGCAUCAUUGUUUUAGUUUUUUUGUUUCUUUGUCGAUCUUACUCCUCUGGCCUGAGUUGUGUACAUGUGCAUGGUGCCUUUCUAUAAGAUUUCUGGCUAACAAAAAGGGCAAAGCAGAGAUCUCUGUGUGGAAGUGUGUUUGUGUGUAUGUGUUGGAUUAUUAAAUCUUAAGCCCUUUUUCAUACGAGAGAAUUAUUUUGCAUAGAGCCACUUUAACCUCUAGUGAGCAAGAGAUCAGAAUUUUGGUGGAAGUGACGGUUGUAAUGUGGACAACACACACACACGGCAAUGUUGUCUAAAUCAGUAAUCUUGUCUUGUUUUCCAGUAAAAAUAUCUAAACAUCAUAUAAACAAGUUACAUUUCUCAUGAGAAGCAAAAUUGUAUAGGAAGUUGCGACUUGAUUUCAGAUAAUAUAUCUUGAAUUAAGUGCAUGUUUCUUUCCCAAUUUGAUUUUUUUUUUUAGUGAGACUAUGCUUAAAAAAAAAAAAUCAAACACAGUUUUUCUCAAGUGAGUGUAUCUUUUCUUAAAGAUGUUUAGAUAUUUUUACUGGAAAACAAGACAAAAAAAAAAAAAAUAGAUAAGGAAAUAAUUUUCUUUGCAGUUCACCUACCGUAACCUGAAGUGCUUCAUAUAACUUUUUUAUGUGCCGGUCAUUGUUUGGUUCAGUUGAUACUUAUAGGCAUCAGUUGCACUGCAUUUUCAUAGUCAUCAUGAUUUAUUUCUCGACUGUUAUAGUCAACAAAUCUUGCUGUAAAACUGUAUAGAAAGUGUAUUUAGUUAUGAAAAUCAUUAAUGCAAUCACAAAAAGUUAUAUUUGUAUUAAUGCUGGUUUGAAAGAGUCUUUGUCAGUGGAACAUUUUUAAAAAUCAACAUGAGCGAUCCACACAAGUCUUGGACGCAGAUUGUUCUUCAUUUAAGAAGAACCGAAGUAAUUGGAUGUCUGUUUCACAAUUUGUUUAGCUUUUGGUAUUCCAUUAAUAACUUCAUGAUUAAAAAAAUUUCCAGCACAUGUACAAUCAAUCAUUUCCUUUAGUUCACUUCAUAUUCUUAUUUUUCAUCCCAAGACUUUUCUUGCUUUAAUUAUGGGCCAAAAAUGAAUGGUGAAAAAUUGCACAAUCAAAAUGAUUCUGUCAUUUUGUACUGACCAAUUCUCCUCUUCCCUACAAUGCUUGUAAUAAUGAAUGAACAAUGAAUACAAAGGGAAAAUGUUUCAUUUGUGUCCCUCACACUUAGUCAAACACACAGUGUAUCUUGAAGCUUGUUCUGUUAUUGUUUACUAGUUCAGGGGAAUUUUGAAAAUGUCAAAGUACUAUAAGCACUGUUCAAAUGACACUGCACAUUUGUUGUCGCCAUAUUAAAAAAUGCAGGCCCAUGGUGCCACUUCCACCUAAAGUUCCUUCAACAAGCACUUUUCACCUGUUAACAAACAGCUGUGCUGUCCAAUAGUCAGUUUUUUUUAAUGCACGAGUCCUCACCUGUGAUGUCAAUGUUGUGAUGUUGGUAUGUGAGUAAUGUGUCCUAUGGUUGUUUUGUUUUUUUCUAAUAUCAGCUUCUUUUCUGUCUGCCUAAAAAUGUUAUAGUCUGUUUAAGGGUAAUUUGUCCAUUUUAUUUUAAAUUUGACUGUAAAGAUGUUUAUUGCACUGUGUUGUAAACCAGUGUCCAAGACUGUAAAUUCAUAAUAAAAUUUACUAUAAAUUGACAA